AUGGACUCCUCCGCCCCCGCCGACGACGUCGCCGCCCCCGCCAACACCGCCGCCGCUGACGCCGCCGCUGCUGCUGCUGCUGCCACUGCUGCUGCUGCCACUGCCGCCGCCGCCCUCGCUGCCGCCCCCGCCCUCCCGCCGCUCCCCCCUGCCCCGGCCCGCCCACCGCCGCCGCCCUGCUCGCCAUGCCGCCCGCCUCGCGGGCCUGCACAAGGCUGGCUUCUCGGCCAGUCCAGCGCCAGCUGGAGUUCCGCGCGGGCUACGAGCCCAGCAAGUUCAACCUCGCUGCAGAACCUCGAAUCUGCGCUCGCGCAGGUUGUCGGCCGCGUCGCCCCCACCGAAUGCGACUCCUGCCAGCGAGCAGCUGGCCCGUAUACUACCUGCGUGGUAGUUACAGGCCAGCUGCUCGACUCGUGCGCCAACUGCCACUAUGGCAGUGAGGGCGCCCGCUGCUCCUUCCGCCCCACGCCCGCCCCCGUCGUCCCCGUCCCCGCCAUCGCCACCCCCUCCAGGUCCCGCCGCCAGGUUGCUGCCGCUGCCGCUGCCGCUGCUGCUGCCCCUGCCCCUGCCGCUGCCCCUGCCACCCCCUCCAAGAAGCGCCGCCGCACCACCGCCACCCCUGCUGCCUCCCCCGCCGCCGCCGCCGCCGCCGCCACCACCGCCACCGCCUCCAAGAAGGAGAAGAAGAAGGAGAAGAGGAAGAGGAAGAAGAAGAAGGUCCGUAAGUGCGUACGGGACGUAAAGAAGUCCGUAGCGGCUCUAGAGCUUGCUAUGGAUUCCUCCUCCUCAGAGGACAGUGAUGAAGAUGAUGAGGAUUAA